UCGCUGCUGACUGGCCACAGACAAGUUGUUCGUGAUGGAUUCCUCUUGCUCUGCCUAACCAACAUCAUCACCAUUUCUGUUGUCGCCAAUUGACAUACACACACACGAUACCCCUUCCACGUUGCGAUAGAACACAGCCCACCAUGUCUGGAAAAUACGCCUUCACCAAGUCCCUCAAAGAGGUGCGCUUCCUCUUCUGCCAGACCUCUGAGCAGAGCGCUCCUGUUCGCUCGUUCCUUGCCCGUGCCUACCCUACCAUGAAGAAGAACAACCCCUACACGCCCAUCCUGAUGCGCGAGGCCGCUGGCACGGUACCCAAAGUUUACGCCCGAUACGAAUUCGGCACCGAAAAGUCAACAUCGCUCGACGGAUUGACGGAUAAGCAGAUCGAGGAUACUGUUACGGGGCUUGUCAAGGAUUCGGCCUAAGCGAUAAAUAAACCUGGGCAGUGUAUAUAUUAGGAAGUUAAGAAAAAGAAACAGCAUUACAACC